AUGGAAGAGACGGCGACGCAAGAGCUCACGCAGCAGGUGUUAGACCCUCGUCGAGUUGGAUUGAACAACUCUGGCCUGGCAGCUGAGGAUAUUUCGGAUGUGAUGUGCAUCUUGCACCCUUGCACGCCAGCGUCGUUCAUGCUCGUCAAGGAGACUGCUCGGAGGUCUCCACAACAUGUCUUGGUCGAGUCGGACGCUGGCAAAAUGGACUAUCAAACUAGUCCGGACAUGGGCAAGACUGCCAUGGAUCUCGCUCUCCGUUUCUCCUCCGUGACCAUUCAGCCGAGCGUUGGGUUUGUAUUUGGUCGUGCAGAUCAAGUCUGCGACAUCGUCAUCUCGUCAGGUGCACACAAACGUGUCAGCAACCGACAUUUCUGUAUUUAUAUCAACACCGGGGGAGUACUCAUGCUUCAAGAUAUGUCGACCAAUGGCACGAUGGUGGACUGGAAGCUUUUAAAACACCGUGCAGACACCACUGAGCCUCAGCGACAUAUGCUCAAUAAUGGCUCAAUCAUCCAAAUCCUUUCGCCCGUACAAUCCGAAAUCCUCAAAUUCAUCGUGCGGAUCCCCUCACGGGAAACCUGUGACGAAGAGUACACGUACAAAUUCAACCAGUACAUGAAUCGCAUUGCUGCAGCACAGGCUGCAGCCCAUGGCAAGGCGCCCGGCACAGCGCCUCGGAAUCCUGGCGACCCGGUGCCUAUGGAAGUGAGUAAUCUGAGACCUUUGACCAAGAAUGCCCACGGAAUGCAUUGGAGCGGUGGCACCAAAUACAACGUUGUGGGAACUGUCGGCAAAGGCGCUUUUGCGACGGUCUAUCAGGUUGCAACCAAGAGCGAUGGCACCCUCUACGCUGCCAAAGAGUUGGAAAAGCGACAAUUUGUGAAAAACGGUAUAUUGGACCGCAAGCUGGACAACGAGAUGAACAUUAUGCGAUCUGUGCAACAUGCCAAUGUGGUCCGCUACAUUGAUUACCAUGAUGUCGCGAACCACCUUUACAUCAUCAUGGAAUAUGUCCAAUACGGCGAUCUUCAGCAAUACCUAAUGGGUAGACCUGGCGAGCCCUGUCCAGGACAACCUCUGCCGGAGAACAUGGCUCGACAGAUGGCAGGGCAAGUACUCAGCGCUCUCCACUACUUGCACGAACAGAUGAUCACCCAUCGUGACAUUAAACCGGACAACAUUCUCAUCGCAGACCCAAGACCCGAUCAUUUCACUGUCAAGCUCUCAGACUUUGGUCUCUCGAAAGUGGUCAAGGACGAAAACACUUUCCUCCGGACGUUCUGCGGGACUCUACUCUACUGUGCCCCCGAAGUCUUUCCGCACUACAAUGCUCACAUUGCUCGGCAGGGCACCAAACGGCCGCGAAACAGCCAGCAACGACUGUCUCGGCGUUACAGUAAAGCAGUUGAUAUCUGGUCAUUCGGUGCAGUGCUCUGGUUUGCUCUGUGCCUUCAUCCUCCCUUUGAAGGCGUCGCUGAUUCUGACGGGCGUGGCAUGUUCCAGAGAAUCACAACGACGAGCCUCAACAUAUCUGAUCUCGUCAUGAGCAGUGUCUCUAACCAGGCCAUUUCUCUUUUGAUUGAAAUGAUCAAUGUUGAUCCCAUCGCGCGACCUACUCCUGCAGAGUGUUUGCAUCGAGCCUGGUUUGGGCGCGCCUUUCCUAUUCCCGCACCUUCUCAAUCAGACCUUGACGACAUUGAGGAGGACGAGGCAGAGGUGGAGCCGGACAUGUCGCAACUGAGCAUCAUCGAGCCGCACCCUCGUGAUCUAGCUGAAGUCAGUAUGGACUCUUCUGAUUUCGACUUCUUCCAGCAAUCAAAGCGUUUCAAAUCAGAAGCUGUGGACUAUGGGGACCAGCAAUCUGGGAUUCGCUCGGAUGGCAGCGACGAGCUAUAUCCAGACGAGUCUAUUGUUGCUCCCUCCUCAGGCGCUAUUGCUCUAGCUCAACAUGCCCAAGUCAAACCGCCAAAGCUUUUCGGUGAAAUCAGUCAGUCAAAUCUGACUGCUGCUGCGACAGGCGUCAAAGCGAAUGCCACAUCACUUGAGGCAAAGUCGGCAGACAAGCACCUCGCAACAUCCGACGAACAUGAGCAGCACGAUAUCAUCAGCUCGCCAAGCUUGCUAGGCACCGAGGAAAUGGUCCGGGACUUCAACAUGGAUACACCAAUGGAAAACAGAUCGCGAAAAGACGAAUCAAUCCCAUCAACACCGAGUCGACCUACGCAAGCGCACCAGAACCAUGAAAGCAAUGACACACCUGCAUCGCAUAUUGAUGUGACGCCUAAACCAGCACCGGUCCCGUUUCGACGCCGGAUAAAUCUUCCGGUUACAGCGCCUUGCUAUUGGGACCCUGCAGACAAGAGCACACACAACGAUGAGUACGCGUCGAAAGUUAGUGGAUUCGAUUUCACAACGCAAAAGGAAUAUUAUCUUGCUGAAGGACAAACUUUGGCAUCCACUAUCCAUGGAAGUGCAGCAGUGAGCAAGGCAUCAUCAGUUGGUACUUCGAAUACUUCUUCCUCGGGAGAUAUGCAGACCACUACUGCGAUUGCGCCGGUCGACAGUCCUCAGACUCAAAAACCUACAACGUAUGGUCGUCUGGUCCCAACUCCAGACUCUUGCAUGACCACCCCUCUCGAGAUCCACGAUCGCAUGAUGAGUUUUGGUCGAUUUCCCAGCAUGACUUACGUCUACCCAGACGAAACCGAUGCCCGCGUUCCGAAACACGCCAUCACAGUGUACUUCAACUCGCCACACAUUACCGACGAUAACACCAUGGAAUGGAUGAAUUUGCCAGAUCUAUACGCCGGUGUUGUCACCCAUGCCAGUGCCGGCGUUUGGGUCAACGGCGUGCACUUGGCCCGAAAUACCGGUGGUUCCGAAAAGCGGCCGUUGACGGCCCACUUGCACACGGGUGAUGAAAUCACUAUCUUCUCGGGUCAUGGCCAUGGCUCGGGGAUGAAAUUCACCUGCGAGUUUUUCAUUGGCGCGGGCAAGAACGUGAGGAAGGCGGAGGAUUGGCCCUGUCGGGUAGAGGAGAUUGCACACAGAACCCGAAGCCGGUAA